CCCGCCCUUAAUUGGCAUAUAGGAAGUGUUAGUUGUUGUUUGUAGUGAAAAACGCGUAAAAUGUACAUUAUUCGGCAUGCUUCAAGGUACGGCUGCUUACAGUUAACUGAUGAUAUGUUCGGCGGAUUUGGAUUUGAGGGAAGUGUGGAGUAAACCUUAUGGAACAAACAUGUUUCCGAUUCCAUUGCGGGAACAGGAGUAAAGCCGAAAUGACAUUUAUCCUCCCUUUGUAAAUGCUUUCAUCAUAAUACAACUCAAAUCACAAAUGAAAAAUAUGAAAUGAAUUGCUCGUAAUCCUUCAUCCCUACCAGCCUCAUUUACGCCAACAACAAUCUUUAUAAAUAAUGGCGCCGUCUUACACUUCAACGGCUGCCGCUCAGGCUAAACAACAUACACUCAAAAAACCAAAAGGAUCAACAAAUGAUAUCACUGCCAAUCCAAACCUUACUCCUGGUGUGAUUGGUAAAUCGCCUUUAAUGCUUUUCGCUUCGGAUGUUUGGUUAUUCUUUACAUUGGUAAUUCCAAAGAUUUAUAAUGUUUUCUUACCUUUACGUUCUUUCGGUAGUAUUUUUCAAGAUAUAACUCCAACAGGUUUAUUGUUUCAAGUAUUUUUGACCGUUUACUCAUUGGUCCUGCUUAUUCCUUUGGGACUUUUGGGUAUCCUUGUUGGUGGGAUUACUCCGUUCGCUGUUGCAUCUGCACUCUUGUUCCCCUUUCAAUGGAUCCAAGGCGAUACGAUCGUACAUGUUCCCGUUAAUCGUUCUACCUUGCGAGGACAGGCUCUGGCCAGUGUACAAAAGAGGGCAAAAACAAAAACAGGAAGAGAUCGUUCAUCUUCCACAAAUACAGCAAACGAAUAUCCAAACACGUUCAAUAAUCAUGCAUGGUUUUUCAUCAAUGGUAUUUCAACCUCGCGAUCUGGCAUCGUUACAGAUUUGCGAUUUUUGGAAAAGAUCUUUCAAAGACCAAUAACUGGAAUCUUUAACAGGACAGCAGGCCCAAUUUUGGAUGUUUUCGAAUGCGUUAUCCAGCGAGACUUUUCGUAUUAUACAAGAGAUAUUCGAAACGGAUAUGUUGAAUUACGUGCAGCAUUAGAAGCGGAUAAUACCAAAAAAGUUGUUUUGCUCUGUCAUUCUCAAGGUGGUAUAAUUGCAAGCUUGAUCGUUGAUCUUUUGCUUUCCACAAUUUCACGUUCCUUAUUGGAUAAGUUAGAAGUUUACACAUUUGCAGACGCUUCAAAUCAUUUCAACAAUCCACUCAAUGCUGUAGGUCAACCAACGAUUCGAUAUGUGGAACAUUUUGCCAACGGAAAAGAUCCAAUCAGUCAAUUUGGUGUUCUUUUAUUCACGACGGAAGAUCAAAAGAAGGGCUUAUCCUAUCGAAAGAGUGUCAAGGGCACUUGUUCAAUCUUACACUUUGACGAUAACCAGUUCAAGAUUGCAACCAACAAUAGACUUGACGAUUUGUUAGUGUCUACAGCUCUUACCAGUGAAAGCGGAAAAGAUGGUACCACAUUGAGCACAAUCGAGCCUCGUUCUCAGGUUAAUAUCCUUUCAGCCGCAGGACAAGUUUUCAGUGGAAGAUUGUUUGCCCGUUGGCAAAAUUCUGGUCACCUUUUGAUCAAUCAUUAUCUCGGUCCGGACAAUAACAUUAUGGAUACGCCAGAAGUACGACAAUAUUCUCGUUUAUACCAAUACUUGAACGGCAGAAGCCCAAGUGAGUGACGCUUUGGUCACUACAUCGACGGUAUCGUUUCACUACUUUAACUCAUUUUCAUACAAUGCGAAACCUUCUCAGAACAAUUGUGAUACCUUAUACAAAUACAUCAAAUUUGAAUGA